AUGGAGGAAGUCGCCACUACAUUGAAGGUAGAAAUGUUUUCAGAAGAAGAGAAACGCGCGCAACGGAUUUUGGAGGAUACAACCAUUAGAAACAGAAACCGAUUCGAGACGGGGCUACUAUGGAAAUGCGAUCAAAUCCAGCUACCAGACAGUUUCCCCAUGGCUCUGCGUCGGUUACAGUGCCUUGAGAAGCGAAUGAAUAGAGAUCCUAAGUUGCGGGACAAACUUCAACGCCAGCUACUAGUGCAAGCGAGCAUUAAUCAAGCAGCCAAGCUUUCCAAGGUCGAGGCCAUUUGUUUCCUGGCUAAACGAAUUCCGCGCACCCAAGCGCGCGCUUUAUCCCCUACGGACGAAAGAUUCCUGGCAGUCGCCAACCGGCCAGAAGCGGACGAUCCGUCACUAUAUCGGUCCGAGGAGGCCAGGGGACCUCUAAGUGGACGGAAUCCACCAGCCGGUCCGUCAAGCUACCGGCAAUCAAGUGACCCCGUCGGCAAACCGCCAUCGCGAUUCACAACACGCUUCAUUGAGAAGCAAUCGCCAAGCGUUGCCUGCCCGGGGAGCAUCGACCCCGCCCAACGGUCAUCGACCCAUCGAUACGAAAAGGUCCGCUUGGUAUGGGACGCAGCAGCAAAAGUGGGAAGUAUAGCUCUGAACUCGCUAUUACUUAAAGGACCAGAUCAACUGACAUCGUUACCAGCCGUCCUGAUGCGUUUCAGGCAGUUUGGAGUAGCAGUUUCAGCGGACAUACGCGAAAUGUUCCACCAAAUACGUAUCCGUGAGAAAGAUCGUCACUCAUUAAGGUUUCUCUGGCGGAAUAACCCUAUAGACAUGCCAGGAAUCUAUGUUAUGAACGUGGCUAUCUUCGGAGCAACGUGUUCUCCAGCAUCCGCUCAGUUCGUGAAGAACAAGAAUGCGAAACAGUUUGACGACCAGUAUCCGCGAGCAGUUGAAGGUAUCGUUAACAACCACUACGUUGACGACUCGUUGGAGAGCUACAGUAGUGUGGCCGAAGCCAUACGUGUGUCGGAAGAAAUGCGGAUGAUUCAUCAAAACGGAGGUUUCGAGUUGAGGAACUGGCUGUCGAACAAGGAAGAAGUGCUGCGUAGUCUAGGUGAAAUAAAGCCAUUCGUUGAUAAGAACAUCGGUCCAGACAAUAAGGAGUUUGAACGUAUACUGGGGUUGCUGUGGAUGACCAAGAAAGAUGAACUUUGCUUAGCUACAUCAGUACAAGAACCAAUUCAAAAAUUAAUCGAUGAGGUGAAAAGACCCACGAAAAGGCAAGUGUUGAAGUGCUUAAUGGGUUUCUUUGAUCCCCUAGGCUUGUGGAGUGUUUUUCUUGUUCACGGAAAAGUGUUGUUGCAAGAUAUCUGGCGGAAUGGAACACAAUGGGAUGAACAAAUUGAUGAUGCAGCAUUUGAGCGCUGGAAAAAGUGGACAGGCUUGAUCCCAACCAUCAGCGAGAACCGGAUUCCUCGAUGCUACUUUGAGAACGCGACCAUAAAGCACUAUCAGAAGCUUCAGCUGCACACGUUCGUCGACGCCAGUGAGGUGGCCUACGCAGCUGUAUCGUAUUUCCGUAUAACGAAUCCGGACGGGGUUGUGGAAUGCAAUCUAGUUGCGGCAAAGACUAAGGUGGCACCACUAAAACCGUUAUCGGUACCUAGAUUAGAGCUACAAGCAGCAGUAUUGGGAAUCCGUUUAAUGCAGUUCGUCGAAGAAAGUCACACCGUGAAGAUUCAGCAACGUUUUGUUUGGAGUGAUUCAGCAACUGUUCUAGCUUGGUUACGUGCUGAUCCUCGGAAAUAUAAACAGUUCGUGGCGUGUCGUGUAGGCGAGUUGCUGACAGCAUCCGAAGUUCGCGAAUGGCAAUGGGUGCAAUCAAAACUUAAUCCAGCAGAUUUGGACACUAAAUGGGGUAAAGGUUACGCUCAAGAUGUGAAUGGCGCUUGGUUCAGCGGACCAGAAUUCCUGAAGAAUCCGGAAUAUGAAUGGCCAAAACAGAAAACCACUUUGCUGUCUACAGCUGAAGAUCUGCGUCCGUGUCAUACGCAUCACAUAGUGACUAUGCCAGUUAUGAUAUUUGAGUUGGAGCGAUUUUCUCGCUUACCGCGGCUAAUUAGGUCGGCGGCAUACAUCCAUCGCAGCAUCAUUAAUUGGAGGCGAAAGCCAAAGGGUGAAGAAUCGAUCACUGAGUACUUGAAGUCGGACGAACUGCGAAAUGGUUUACGGACGAUUAUCCGCCUAACGCAAUGGCAAGCUUUCCCGGAUGAAAUGGUUCUCCUCACGCGAAAUCAACAAAGGUCGGAGGAGCAACAAGUGCAGUUAGAAAAAUCGAGCCUUCUGUACAGGCUGUCAUCAAUGUUGGAUGAAUUCGGGAUACUCAGAAUUGAUGGACGCAUCACAGCAACUUCGAACGUAACUGAGAGUACCAAGUUUCCUAUCAUUCUUCCCAAGAAACAUCGAUUCACCUUUCUUCUGCUGGACGAUUACCAUCGAAGAUUUCGCCAUUGCAACAUGGAAACCGUGGUAAAUGAGGUGCGCCAACAAUACUAUGUACCUCAACUAAGGGUCGCAGUAAAACAGGUCGCAAAAGCCUGUCAAUGGUGUAGAAUCUAUAAGGCAAAACCGAAUAUGCCAAGAAUGGCUACGCUACCAUCGGCACGAUUAGCAUCGUUCCAGAGGCCACUUACCCACACGGGCCUCGAUCUCUUCGGACCAUUGUUGAUGAAAAUUGGUAGGGGUACGGCGAAGCGGUGGGUUGCUGUAUUCACCUGCCUCACCAUUCGUGAUGUCCACGUUGAGGUGGUACACAGUCUCAGUACAGAGUCUUGCAUCAAAGCCAUCCGUAGGUUCGUUGUCCGCCGUGGGUCACCAGCGACGAUCUACUCUGACAACGGGACCAAUUUCCGAGGAGCAAAUCGCCUCCUGGAGGAGCAGAUUGAACAACUAGCAGCCACCUUCACCAGCACUACAAAAAAAUGGAUCUUCAUUCCUCCCGGCAAACCCCACAUGGGUGGUGCCUGGGAGCGAAUGGAACGCUCAAUCAAAACAGCCAUGGAUGCUGCGUUCAACAGUCAUGGACAGCUGGACGACGAAACGUUAGUAACGCUAGUGGUAGAAGCGAAGCAUUAG